UCCAGGAAGUGGUAGCGGAGAGAAGUUGUGCUGAAACCUGAUAGAGGCACUGAAAGCCAGACCCGAACAAUUUGGCACCGUUUCCACCAGAAACAAAUCAAUAAAACAUUACCUGAUAUCAAGGUCCCGUAACACUAGACAGAAUGUCUCGGCAGUCAAACAGAACCACCGACAGUAAGAAGAUGAACUCGGAGCUGUUCACGUUGACGUACGGAGCCCUGGUCACUCAGCUGUGUAAGGACUACGAGAACGAUGAAGAGGUGAACAAGCAGCUGGACAAGAUGGGCUACAACAUUGGAGUGCGUCUCAUCGAGGACUUCCUGGCUCGCUCCAGUGUGGGACGCUGUCACGACUUCCGAGAAACCGCCGAUGUCAUCGCCAAGGUAGCGUUUAAGAUGUACCUUGGCGUCACCCCCAGUGUGACUAACUGGAGCCCAGCGGGAGAUGAGUUCUCUCUGAUCCUGGAGAGCAACCCACUGGUGGACUUCGUAGAGCUGCCAGACAACCACAACAACCUGGUCUACUCCAGCCUGCUCUGCGGAGUGCUGAGAGGAGCACUGGAGAUGGUCCAGAUGGCGGUGGACGUGCGGUUUGCUCAGGACACCCUGCGAGGCGACAACGUGACGGAGAUCCGCAUGAAGUUCAUCAAGCGCAUUGAGGAGAACCUGCCCGCAGGGGACGAGUGAUGCACUCUGGGAAACUGAGUCCUCCUGGGCCCCCCUCUGUCUAUGGAUAAGGCUUAGCAGGGCCCUGUGCAAAAUCUACAGACUUUGACUGUCACUUCCGAGGAGAGAGGAGAAAGCCUGUGUGUGUGUGAGUGUGAGUGUGAGUGUGUGAGAGUAGGACCGACCAACCGAGACCGAGAGAAAGGGAAGAUCUCUGGCCUCCAGAGGCCUCCAGUCUUAAGUCUUAAAGUGUUGUAUCAUUUGGUCUGUGCAGUGUAUAGCUAGCCAUCCAAUAACCAUUUCCAUCAGCAUUCACAUAUCUUCACAUACAGUACAGUAGAAAUAAAAUGAAUGCACAGAGAGAGUCCACGCUUGAUAAUACGAAGACUUAAGACUGACAGUACCUCUCUCCUAUAGGGUCAGUUUUUCACGCCCUCCUUCGGUCAAGCAUAUACACUUGCCCCUCUGACCUUGGAGAAGUAAACGAAAUGUUUCUUUUUUGUGUGUGUGUGUGUGUGUGUGUGUGUGUGUGUGUGUGUGUGUGUGUGUGUGUGUGUGUGUGUGUGUGUGUGUGUGUGUGUGUGUGUGUGUGUGUGUGUGUGUUUCGAAACAUACUUCUGAACCUCUCCUCAGUUCUGCAUACAAGAGGGAUUCAGAGAACACAUUUUUUGUUUAGUUUUUCUAAAACAUGUCCAUCAUCGUUAGCUAUGCCCCGCUGAACUCCGCUAAACGCCUAAAUGGUUCACUAAUGUCAACACACCUGCCCUGCCCUACGCACCGCAUAAAGGGGGACCUUGCCGAACAAACUAGCUUGUCAUUUCCUGUUUGUGUGUUCCAAUCAAUGGCAUGUGUUCGCGUUGACGUGACGGGAGUGGAGGUUGUUUGUUUUCAAAAGAGAUAUACGAAUCUGUAUGGCAAAUUGGCCAAUCAUGUUUCAAAAGUGGGCCUUUGUACAAAAUGGCAGCACACGCCCCUCCAGAUAACGAAGUAGGCUAUGAACUCGUGUGUGUGUGUGUGUGUGUGUGUGUGUGUGUGUGUGUGUGUGUGUGUGUGUGUGUGUGUGUGUGUGUGUGUGUGUGUGUGUGUGUGUGUGUGUGUGUGUGUGAGUGUGAGUGUGAGUGUGUGUGUGUUCACAUUUCUUCAUUCAUCUGAUAUCUGUUUUUCCUCAGAUUUGUGUUCCACAUGUUUGCUUUUGGUUGUCACAGAGUCUCCCAAGUCAUUAGUGGAGCAAGUGCUGGAAAAGACCUGUGUUUUUUUAUUAUUUAUGUGUCAGAAAGUUAUAUUGAGAUUAAACAAACUGUUAACUUCA